AUGGAAAAUGACCCUAGUAAAAAAGAGUCGAAAGGGAAACGGAUAUUAAAGAAGGCGUUACGGAGGAACAGUAAGUCGAGCAACAACAGUCAGAACUCACCGCUCGACCUCAGCAUUGGGUCGCGAUCGAAGAGUUUCGAAAAUAAACGAGCGUCUAUAGAAAUAAACGACAGCACGCCGCUACCUACACCGGACGGCACUAGCGAGGUAGCCGAAUACAGCAAAAAGAUUAAGAUAGAAGAAGAUGUACGGCCGGCGAAGAAGACGGUAGACAUUAACGAAACACGGAACACCGUACAAGAUGAACCGGCGGCCAGUGUUGACGUGGACGGUAGUAAAAAGAAUCUGAAACGGAAAUUCGAAGAGGAGGGUGGAGCGGGCACCAGCGGCGCUAGCACGGGGGCUUCAGACACGGACGCUGACGACAAAGACCCCAGCAAGGACAAAAAGAAAAAGAAUAGAUGUGCCGUCUGCCGCAAGAAGGUCGGCCUCACAGGUUUCGAGUGUCGUUGCGGUGGUCUGUUCUGCGCCGUACAUCGAUACAGCGACAAGCACGAGUGCUCGUUCGACUACCGGGAGCUCGGCGCGCAGGAGAUCCGACGCAACAAUCCAGUCGUCGUCUCGCAGAAGAUACACAAGAUAUGA